GUUGUAAAAGCUCUCAGGCAGUGGGGAGUGAAGAAGCUUGUGGAAGAAAACAAAAAUCAAACUUAAAUAAACUAAACAAACAAAAAAUAAGCAUUCACACAGAGUGGAAUGCAUUUUUAACGUAUAAAUAUAAAGAAGUACUUAUAAACCUUAUCACAUUUUUUUUUUUCUAUUUGCACUACGUCAAAACAGCUGCUGUGAGUUUAAAAAUACUCUGAAACAAGAACAGGAUCACUUGCCUGAGAAAUAAAUCUACAACCAGCAAUUUAAGACGUUGUAGAUCUGCCUGGGGUGAACAGAACACUGCCUUCUGGAGUUUUUUGCAACACUCAACCUUGUAACCCUUUGCUGAAGCAGCUAUGCAGCUUGAAAUCCAAGUAGCACUCAACUUUAUAAUUUCUUAUUUGUAUAAUAAACUUCCCCGGAGGCGUGUUAACAUUUUUGGUGAAGAGUUAGAAAGACAACUAAAGAAGAAAUAUGAGGGACAUUGGUAUCCGGAUAAGCCAUACAAAGGAUCAGGUUUCAGAUGUAUACAUGUAGGGGACAAAGUGGAUCCAGUAGUGGAACAAGCCGCCAAAGAAAGUGGGUUGGACAUUAAUGAUGUUCGUAACAACUUGCCACAGGAUCUCAGUGUGUGGAUAGAUCCUUUUGAGGUGUCUUAUCAAAUUGGAGAAAAGGGACCUGUCAAGGUGCUUUAUGUGGAUGAUAACAAUGAAAAUGUUUCUGAAUUGGACCGAGAGAUCAAGAACAGCUUUAACCCUGAGGCGCAGGUGUUUAUGCCAAUCAGUGACCCAGUAGGGGGCUCACCAGUUUCCAGCUCUCCCUCGCCUCCUUUUGGCCACUCCGCUGCUGUAAGUCCCACCUUCAUGCCCCGCUCAAAUCAGCCUUUAACCUUCACCACUGCCACUUUUGCUGCCACCAAGUUUGGUUCUACCAAAAUGAAAAAUAGCGGCCGCAGCAAUAAAGUUGCACGCACUUCCCCCACCAACCUCGGCUUGAAUGUGAAUAGCCUCUUGAAGCAGAAAGCCAUUUCAACAUCAAUGCACUCUCUUUAUGGGCUUGGCCUGGGAAGCCAGCAGCAGCAGCAGCAGCAGCAGCAGCAGAAUUCUGCCCUUUCCCCCAAUGCCAAGGAAUUUGUUUUCCCGAACAUCCAGGGACAGGGUAAUGGCAGUUCAAUGUUCCCAGGUGAUAACCCCCUUAACCUCAGCCCUCUCCAAUAUAGUAAUGCAUUUGACAUGUUUGCAAAUUAUGGCGGUCUCAAUGAGAAGUCUUUCAUGGAUGGCUUAAAUUUCAGCUUGAACAACAUGCAGUAUUCUAACCAGCAGUUCCAGCCUGUUAUGGCUAAGACAUCCCCCCCCCCCCCCCCCCCCCCCCCCCCCCCCCCCCCCCCUCCAAAAAAAAAAAAUUAAAUAGCCCUAUUUUGUACAAGUUUUAAGCGCAUGAGCCCAAGGGUGUGGGUUUUUUUUUUUUUGGUGCCCCCUUGAGAAUUUAUUUUGUUUUUACAAAAGCUUGUAGUACAAACAUGUCCAAGCUUGGUUACCUAAAUGCAACAUGCAUCAGUUUUCUUUUGCCAACCAAGCACAAACUUAUUUUAUACUGACCUAUAUGUUUUAAAUACUCCUAAAACAGAAGUUAUGGCCUCUUGCAGUAUUUAAGGUUUAGCAGGACAU